UUUAAGUGACCGUUACAACAGUACGGUGCAACCAUUAGCUAUGGUUACAUUUCGUACUUGACAGGGAACCAAAAUUCUGUUGUAUAUACUGUAAAUGCUUAGUUGAAAACGUGGCGACUUGACGGUCAGAUCUACUGGCAAUAUUAAAAUUGAAGGUUGCAUCUGGCGACCGGGCGACCUGAUUUGAACCACCCUGGUAUCACCAAAUAUAUAUCCUACUGCGACCACUCUAUUAUUACUACAGACACUAACUUACACAACAUGUAACAUUAUUGAUUUGGAUUUCUAACAUUAUUUGCGUAGUGACUAACACUGUCUCAAUAUAUUACUGAUAUAUAAGUCAAAAGGUUACCUAGUUCUGCCAGUCCGCAAUCCUAACUGGGGCUGACAGAUAGACUGGGGCUGACAGAUGGAAAUGGAUUUGAUCUCAGAUCUGCUGCUGCUGAUGGAAAUGAAAGUGUCUGAUUUCAAACCUCUUUCAAAUGAGUUCCAGCGGCUGAUUGAAACGUGGUGUAAUAUUAACUGGCAUCUUACUGGGCUGCCAGCAGGUAUACAAAUAAGAGAACACCAUACUCACUAAUUUCAUUUCUGCCUGCCUCUUAGGUGAAAAGCUGGCAAAGCACAAAACAAAAAGUGUUUUUAAGGAAUUGCCCCCACCUCAAAAAAAGAAAAAAUCCAGAAAAAAAGAGAGAAAUUAAAAAUGCAAAGAUAAAAAAAGAUUACAGAAAUUACACGGUUGCGAUAAAAAAAAAAAAACCCAGAGAAAGCGGUAUGCCAUUGUUAAAUUUCUCCGAGAGCAGUAAGCGACUCAUCUGCAAAGGGCACUGCCGAUCAGAUUAGCAGCACACUGACACCACAAACAAUGUCUGCAAUUAGAAAUCGCCAUUCACAAUGACACAAUGAUACACCUUAGCAUUUCCAAAAGUCUCCUUGGUGCUGCUAUCUCCAGAUCUCCUGCAUGCAUCAUCUCCUGACGGCGUGAGGGAAAGGGAGGGGAUAGGCGCAAGGGUUCGAGUAUACAUAUAUAUAUAGGGUCUGUGAAACACUGAGAGACCAAGCAGCAAGCAGCCAGCGGAACAAGCAGCAGCAGAACAGCAAAGCAGCCUGUUUGUCUUACGCCUCCUUCUCCAAGCAUGACAAAGCUGGUCCUGGCCCUGGCCCUUUGGGUCCUGGUGUCGGAGCUGAGCCAGGGCUCUGAAGGAAGGAACCCCACUUACGGGGUGAAGCUGUGCGGGAGAGAGUUCAUCCGAGCCGUGAUAUUCACCUGCGGAGGGUCCAGGUGGAGGAGGGCUGCCAGAGCAUCCACAGGUGAUCUUCCUGAUUCUUUCAACUCCGAGCGAGCCUCAGAGGACGAAGCCUCUGAGAGCUGGAACCCAGACACGGUCCCCGGGCUUUCCUACAAGGACUACCCUGAUUACGAGAGCCAGAACUGGAGGGAGCAGCUGACUGGUCUGGGCUUCAGCAGGCAGAGCCGCAGCGCUAUCUCGGAGGAAGUGCUGGAGGCCCUGCGCACAUCAGACAGGAAGGGGCGGGACGUGGUGAUCGGGCUGUCUAAUGCCUGCUGCAAGUGGGGCUGCAGCAAGAGUGAGAUCAGCUCCCUGUGCUGAGGGGUCCCUCUCCCUUUGACCCCCCAAACCCCCCCUCUAUGAGUUUAUAUUCACCACUGAGUGUUUUCAUAGUGGUGGAUAACACUUUUUUUUUAAUGGCUGACACCCAGAUAAAUUAAACUUAACAUUUUUACUCUUCUUCAGUGAGAGCAUUGUGAGAAAUUAAAUUACAUUUAACAAAUGUUAUAAAUAAAGGAAGUGAGAUUGUAAGAAUCCUGACUCUGGCUUUUUUUCCUUUUUUUGUCUACACUGUUAUCUUGUUUGGGUAAGAUUGGUGUAUUUAACAUGUUUGCUGUAAUAUAUGACAUUGUGGACAGGGUAGAGCACGGGGUUGCAAGGUUAAGCACAAAGCUGUGCCUCACUGUGUGUCAAUAGACGUUUUCUUGCUGCCAGCAGAUGUUGACGUGUAAGAA